AUGGCACCACUUGCACUUUCGGAGCUUGUCGAGCUUUUCACCCCAACUACUUCCCUCAACAUUCCCUACAAUAUCCCUAGCGGUACCGUGAUGCUAUUUACGGACGCUAGUUGGACAAGCGGCGUGAGCACCGAAUUCAAUCUCGUAGAUUAUGUGGCCAACCAGCGUCACGUAAUCCCGGCAUCUCAGUACAACAAGGCCACUUGGGUGCUCUGGAACUUGCCCAUCGGCACGGUCGUGACUUUAACGGCCAAUAUCACCAACCCGGUCAAAGUUGCUGAUCUCAAAGGCAAUGCCCAAACUCUUGAUCUGAUCGGGAGAGGAAGGACUCAAGGAACAACCUUGGUUGAUUAUAACCUAAACAAUCAGGUCUCCUCAUGGUUUUGGCGAACGGUGGAUCUCAACAUGGGCGCCAUCGAAAUAUUUAAUGACAAAGACUUUUCGGGCAGCCGCUGCACAAUUUUCCUCAGCGAAUGGGAACCGGGAAAGUUUCACUCAUUGAGAGAUUGGAAUUGUGACAAUUACGCCAGUUCUGUCCGCUGGCGAACGCUACAAGAUCGACAGACGGCUACUCUUGGGGAUGCUAUAGAUGGCAGUGUCGCCACAUAUUCUAACAUCAAGGGUUGGGGUAACGUCAAGGAAGUCCCAUAUUUAGCAGAUGUUCGAUUCAACAACGUGUUAUCCUCAUUCAAGUGGGAGAGCGUGGCCCCAAUGAAGGAAAUCAUCGAGCCAUUCAAUGUCACAGCAAAUAACUCAUCCAACACGAGUGGACUGACCUCCGUCGUCGACGGAAUCAACAACAGUACCGAGGUGCAGGCAGUCCUUGUGUCUCUCACAAACUCGACCGCGCAGUCCAUAACAGUCGAGACCUCAGACCAGCACGUUGCUGGGAUCUCUAGCACGUUUUCCCAAGAAGCAACCGCGGGCGUCGAAGCAAUCGCAUCGUCGAAAACAACAUGGUCUGUAUCGCUUAACUAUUCCUACACGCGUACGCAAACCAAGUCAACGAGUGAAACCAAAACAGUCGAAUUGAAAGUCGAGCAAACCGUCAACGCGCCGCCGCGAACAAGAUAUAAGGCAACUCUGUUAAUAAAUAUUGGAAUGCUUCCGGCAACGGAAUACGUUACUACUGCGUAA